GCAGUUUGGGGAGAUCACGUGAGGCGGAGAUCACGUGAGGCGGAGUCACGAGAACCAUGGCGGAAGUGGAGCAGGAAACUCAAAACUAUGAGGAGUCCACAGAUGAAUCAGAGGAGGAAGAAAGUGAAGAGGAACCAAAGCUUAAGUAUGAAAGACUGGGUAAUGGAGUGACAGAAAUUCUGCAGAAAGAUGCAGCAAGUUGUAUGAUCGUGCAUGAUAAGUUUUUGGCACUGGGGACACAUCAUGGCAAAGUCUAUCUGCUGGACAUCCAGGGGGAUGUGACGCAACACUUUGACAUCAGUUCUGUGAAGGUGAAUCAGAUUAGCCUGGAUGAAAGUGGAGAAUAUAUUGGGAUUUGUUCAGAAGAUGGCAAGGUCCAGGUGGUUGGAUUGUACACCAGAGAAGGAUUUCAUGAAAGCUUUGACUGUCCUAUCAAAAUAGUGGCUCUUCACCCACAGUUUGGCAGAUCAAGCAGCAAGCAAUUCAUCACAGGAUCAAAUAAGUUGCUGCUCUAUGAACGGAACUGGUUGAACCGGUGGAAAAUGACAGUGUUACAUGAAGGAGAAGGCACCAUAACAAAUGUCAAAUGGAGGGGCAGCCUCAUUGCAUGGUCGAACAGUGUGGGAGUCAAGAUAUUCGAUGCCAGCUCAAAGCAGCGAAUCACAAAUAUUGCUCGAGACAACACAGACUUUCGUCCGGAUAUGUAUCUCUGCAGCCUGUGUUGGAAGGACAACCUAACACUCAUCAUUGGUUGGGCAACAUCUGUUAAGGUAUGUGUAGUGAAGGAGCGUGAUCCGACUGAUCUAAGAGACUUGCCCAGUCGUUAUGUUGAAAUUGUGUCUGCCUUUGAGUCAGAGUUUUACAUCAGUGGACUUGCACCACUCGGCGAGCGUCUUGUUCUCCUCAUGUAUGUGAAGGAGACCUUGGAACAGAAGGAUAAUGAACACUGUGCAAGGCCUCGGCUUGACAUCAUCCACCAUUUGCCUGAUUCAUAUGAGGAGAUAUCUUCUGAUGCCCUGUCUGUGCGAGGUUUCCAAGAGAACGAAUGCAGAGAUUACAGCUUGGAACACUCCAGUGGUGAAUCCUUGUUCUACAUCAUCAGCCCAAGGGACAUUGUAGUGGCAAAGGAACGGGACCAGGAUGACCACAUUGAAUGGCUGCUUGAAAAAAAGAAGUAUGAAGAAGCCAUGAUGGCAGCUGAAAUCAGCCAGAAGAAUAUAAAAAGACAUAACAUACUGGAUAUUGGCAGAGCCUAUAUCAACUACCUGGUGGACAAAGGGGACUAUCAUGGAGCUGCAAGGAAAUGUCAGAAGAUUCUUGGCAAAAACAUGGAUCUCUGGGAAAAUGAAGUGUACCGCUUUAAAAAGAUAGGCCAACUUAAAGCAAUUAGUAGGUAUUUGCCCAGAGGUGACUUACGCCUGAGGCCUGCUAUAUAUGAAAUGAUCCUGUACGAGUUCCUGGAGAGCGAUUAUGAGGGGUUUGCGUCCUUGAUCAGAGAGUGGCCAGGUGACAUAUAUAAUAAUAUGGCUGUAGUCCGCUCCGUCUUGGAUCAUUUGGAUGGGGCUCCAAAUAAUAGAACACUGCUGACAACUCUGGCAGAAUUGUAUACCUAUGACCAGCGUUAUGAUAAAGCCCUAGAAAUUUACUUAAAACUGCGACAUAAAGAUGUUUUCCAGCUCAUACACAAGCACAAUCUCUUCAGUUCCAUAAAGGAUAAAAUAGUUCUGCUCAUGGAGUUUGAUAGAGAGCAAGCAGUCAAUAUGCUCCUGGACAAUGAAGAUAAAAUUUCAAUUGACAAAGUUGUAGAGGAAUUGAAGGACCAACCUGAACUGCAGCAUGUGUACUUGCAUAACCUAUUCAAGAGAGAUCACCAUAAAGGGCAGAAGUUCCACGAGCAACAGAUCAGUCUGUAUGCUGAAUAUGAUCGACCGAGCCUGCUACCGUUCCUGAGAGACAGCACCCAUUGCCCACUGGAGAAAGCUCUUGAAAUUUGUCAGCAGAGGAACUUUGUUGAAGAGACGGUUUUUCUCUUAAGUAGAAUGGGCAAUUGCCGGCGUGCACUGCAGAUGAUAACUGAGGAACUGCAAGAUGUAGACAAGGCCAUUGAGUUUGCCAAGGAACAGGAUGAUGCUGAGCUCUGGGAGGACCUCAUCUCCCACUCCAUUGACAAACCACCCUUCAUUACUGGAUUGCUGAAUAAUAUUGGGACCCAUGUUGAUCCAAUCCUCUUGAUCCACCGAAUAAAGGAAGGCAUGGAGAUCCCUAACCUGCGAGAUUCACUGGUGAAGAUCCUUCAGGAUUAUAACUUGCAGAUUUUACUGCGGGAAGGAUGUAAAAAGAUAAUUGUUACUGACUGCUUGGCAUUGCUGAAGAAAAUGCAUAAAACCCAGAUGAGAGGUGUUCGCGUUGAUGAAGAGAAUAUUUGUGGAUCAUGCCAUUCUCCCAUCUUGCCUGCAGAUGCCACAAAAACAUUCAGUGUAGUGGUCUUCCACUGCAGGCACAUCUUUCAUAAGGAUUGCCUUCCUUCUCCUGGCAUGUUCUGUAACAUCUGCAGUGCAAAAAAUCGAGGGCCUGCCAGUGGAAUGAGUGAAGUUUAAACCCUGUGACGAAUUUGACUGACAACCACUAAUUUAAAAACCUUGGCUGAAUUGUUGCAACACGUCACUUUCUGUCAACUAUUGUUUGACAAGCGUCAAAGCUAGUGUUUGAAUGUGAAAUAUUAGUUCUUAAUAAAAAUUAUUUUAGCCAUCCAACUUGUACAGAAUCUGCUUGCAGGACCCGUAUGAUCGUAUAUAAAUGCAGAGAACAACUGUGUAUUUAUCCUCCAGAUCCCUUGCUGUCUUUUGUGCAACAGCUUUGACCUUUUCACAAGAAAGUUGAGGCUUGUCAAAGAUACAACCAAGUUAAACUGUGUUUGCUUUUGUAAUAUAAGUAUGUGCACUUGAUACAGAAAUUGUAAACGUAUGAAAAAUCUAAUAAAUAGUUGUUCACACAU